AUGCAAUCAUCAAUAGAAAUGAAUGAAAUAGGGAAUCUUGUUUGUGAAACACCAAAUAAUGAGAAAAGAAGUGAAGAGAAAUAUAUAAAAGAAAGAAAAGAAAGAAAACAAGGGAGAAAUUGGACAAAAGAAGAAGAUAAAAAAUUAAUAAAAGGAGUAGAAAUAUAUGGAGAAUCUAAAUGGGUAGAAAUAUCAAAAAUAGUAGGAAGUAGAACAAGAAAACAAUGUAGAGAACGAUAUAUUAAUCAUUUAAAAAAGAAUAUAGAUACAAGUAAAUGGAAAAAAGAAGAAGAUGAAAUUAUAUUACAACAACAUUCAAUAGUUGGAAGUCAUUGGUGUUCAAUUGCAUUAUAUUUAAAUAACAGAACAGCACGAUCGAUUCGGAAUCGUUAUUAUUCAUUAAUUAACAAACAAACUAACACAUCAUGUUUUAAACCAACAACUUUGACUCAUUAUAAAAUAUUAACUUCUUCUUCUUGGUUUUAA